GUUUCCGUGGAUUCGUCCAUUUUCACCGAACCGCACAUGGUGCCCCGCCGGCUGAGCACUGUCAGCCUCUUACAGUCUGGGAUUUUACUCCGUCGUCGAGUAAAAAUUGUCUCGUAGGCUUGUUAAAUGCAAGAUACGGUGGACAUGGUUGACGACCCCGAGUAUGAAGAGGAGGAGCCUUCCUUCAGCGAUCCGGAGGACUACGUGGAUGAUAUCGAUGACGACGAGCUCCUUGGUGAUGUCUUGAGGGAGAAGCCUCAGGAGGCUGAUGGCAUAGACUCAAUGGUGGUGGUGGACAAUGUUCCCCAGGUGGGCCCAGAGCGUUUGGAAAAGCUCAAAAACGUCAUACACAAGAUUUUCUCCAAGUUUGGCAGGAUCACCACUGAAUUCUAUCCAGAGACUGAUGGUGUGACCAAAGGAUACAUUUUUCUUGAGUAUGCUGCUCCAACUCAGGCCUUAGAGGCAGUAAAGAAUGCUGAUGGAUACAAACUGGACAAACAGCACACAUUCAGGGUCAACCUCUUCACUGACUUUGAUAAGUACAUGAAUAUCAGUGAUGAGUGGGAAGCUCCAGAAAAACAACCAUUCAAAGAUUUUGGUAACAUGCGGCAUUGGAUUGAGGACCCAGAUUGUCGAGAUCAGUACAGUGUGAUCUAUGAAGCUGGAGAGAGAACCGCAAUUUUCUCUAACGACGUUAAAGAGCCCCUCACAGUUGAGGAGAGAGCUCGCUGGACAGAAACCUACGUACGCUGGUCUCCUAAAGGCACUUACCUGGCAACCUUCCACCAACGAGGAAUUGCACUUUGGGGUGGCGAGAAGUUCAAACAGAUUCAGCGAUUCAGCCAUCAGGGUGUGUCUCUCAUCGACUUCUCGCCGUGUGAAAGGUAUGUUGUGACGUUCAGUCCGCUGAUGGACACUAAGGAGGAUCCACAGGCCAUCAUCAUUUGGGACAUUCUUACAGGACAAAAGAAGAGAGGCUUCCACUGCGAGAGCUCUGCACACUGGCCCAUAUUUAAAUGGAGCCAUGAUGGAAAGUUCUUUGCUAGGAUGACUCCAGAUACUCUGAGUAUCUAUGAGACGCCAUCUAUGGGCUUGCUUGAUAAGAAGAGUCUCAAGAUUAAUGGGAUCAAGGACUUCUCGUGGUCUCCCGGUGACAACAUUAUAGCUUUCUGGGUACCUGAAGACAAAGACAUACCAGCCAGAGUGACUCUGAUGCAGAUGCCUUCUCGUCAAGAGAUUCGAGUUCGCAACCUCUUUAAUGUUGUCGACUGCAAGCUACACUGGCAGAGGAAUGGAGAUUAUCUCUGUGUGAAGGUGGACAGGACGCCGAAAGGAACACAGGGUGUGGUCACCAACUUUGAAAUAUUCCGUAUGAGAGAAAAGCAGGUUCCUGUUGAUGUGGUAGAGAUGAAGGAAAGCAUCAUAGCGUUUGCAUGGGAGCCCAAUGGCAGCAACUUUGCCGUUCUCCACGGAGAGUCUCCCAGAAUCAAUGCCUCCUUCUAUCACGUCAAAAGUAACGGAAAGAUUGAGCUCCUGAAGAUGUUUGACAAGCAGCAGGCCAACAGCAUCUUCUGGAGUCCACAAGGACAGUUUAUGGUGCUGGCGGGACUCAGGAGUAUGAACGGGGCCCUCGCCUUUGUGGACACGUCAGACUGCACCAUGAUGAACAUAGCAGAGCACUACAUGGCGUCUGACGUGGAGUGGGACCCGACCGGCCGCUACGUUGUUACCUCCGUUUCCUGGUGGAGUCACAAGGUGGACAAUGCGUACUGGCUGUGGACGUUUCAGGGGCGUCUUCUUCAGAAGAACAACAAGGACCGCUUCUGUCAGCUGCUCUGGAGACCGAGACCUCCAAGCCUGCUGAGCACAGAACAGAUCAAGGCGAUCAAGAAAGAUCUUAAGAAAUAUGCAAAGAUCUUUGAACAGAAGGAUCGCCUGAGUCAGUCUAAGGCAUCUAAGGAGUUGGUGGACAAACGCAGGGCCAUGAUGGAGGAGUACCGCCACUACAGGGAGGCGGCGCAGCAGCUUUAUCAGGAACAGAAGGACCUCCGCCUUGAGCUCAGAGGAGGAGUAGACACUGAUGAGCUUGAUAGCAAUGUGGACGACUGGGAGGAGGAGACCAUUGAGUUUUUUAUCAACGAAGAAAUCAUUCCCCUUGGCGAUCUGUAGUUCCUUACGCAGUGCAUCCAUUUUUUGUGUGUGUGUGGAAAGAGCAGAGACGUUUUAUUGAUUGGAGGACGACGACCACGCUCUGAAUCUUGAGGUUCACCACGAGCCUUGGUAUUCUACGUUAGUGACAUCAUCACAGCGCACGCCUUGUGGAUCAGCAGCCACGUUAAAGGACAAGAGAGGAUACUUUACUUUUCUCUCAUCUGCCUUUUUUUUUUUUUUUUUUUUCUCUCCACGCCCUGCGGAACUUAAUAUUUGGUCAUACUGCCUCCUUUUUGCUGUUCAUUGAUUGGAGGCGCUGUUCUCCUGCCUCUUCUAUUAAUUGGACUUCUUGUCACUGAACUGGUUUUACCAUGCUGGUGUGUUGUCACGGGGCAGCAGAGAGUGCCGUACCAGUGGUGCGUGGAGGAGCUGUGACAAAACAAGUAGCCUUGUUAGUUAAUGUGCUGAUGUGGCACUACAAUGGUCUGUAUCCUCCUCCUUUCAGAAUAGGCUUUCACACAGCGAGGGGGUGUGCUGGGGGAAUAUCUUUAAAUAAACGUACAAACUCAAUACGACA